ACACUGGCGCUCCAAGACUCCAAAAUUUUCGGCGCAGCAUCCGAAGCUGUGGCCAACAUGGCCCAGCCAAAUGCCGAACCUAUCGAGGAAGAAUACGACUAUGAGUCCCUUCCACCCAACUUCUCCCUGGUGCAAAAUAUGGCGGCGGGCGCCUUCGCCGGAAUAGCCGAGCACACUGUCAUGUACCCGAUAGACGCGAUCAAGACAAGAAUGCAAAUCGUGGGCGCCCCAGGCUCAGCUGCCGCCUACAAGGGAAUGGUGGAGGGAACCUAUAAGAUUGCUCUGAGUGAGGGCGUGCGAAGUUUGUGGCGCGGCAUGUCCAGCGUAGUCGUAGGAGCAGGACCGGCGCAUGCGGUAUACUUUGCGACCUACGAGGCUGUCAAGCAUUUUAUGGGAGGAAACAAGGCUGGCGAACACCACCCACUCGCCGCCGGUGAGUGCCCAUCAGAUUCUGUGUGGAAUAUGAAGACGUUGUCUAACAGCAUUUUAGUCACGAGCGGAGCCUGCGCAACUAUCGCAAGCGAUGCGCUCAUGAACCCCUUUGAUGUCAUCAAACAAAGAAUGCAGAUGAAGGGUUCCAACAAGAUUUACCGCUCCAUGCCCGACUGUGCUAGGACAGUUUAUCGGAACGAAGGACUCGCCGCAUUCUACGUCUCCUACCCGACGACCCUCUCCAUGACAGUCCCCUUCACAGCACUCCAAUUCCUGGCCUAUGAAUCGAUAUCGACCUCGAUGAACCCUACCAAGAAGUAUGACCCCCUGACGCACUGUCUUGCUGGUGGUGUGGCCGGUGGUUUCGCGGCCGCGCUCACGACGCCCAUGGACGUCAUCAAGACCAUGCUGCAGACGAGGGGCGCGCAUUCCGACGCUGAGUUGCGCAACGUGAACGGCUUCAAGGCCGGCUGCAAGCUGCUAUACGCUCGUGAAGGGUUCGCGGGCUUCUUCAAGGGUGUGCGCCCACGUGUUGUAACCACCAUGCCGAGCACAGCCAUCUGCUGGAGUGCUUAUGAGGCUUCAAAGGCCUGGUUCGUAAGCCGCAACAACAGCUUGGAAUAG